AUGUGUAGUGUGUGUAAGGCAACCAAUCACCCAACAGCUUUACAUAUAGACAAGCCUACUAACAGUGAUCAAGACUGUAACAAGAACUAUCUUGCUAAGACUACAACAGAAGAAGUGAUAUCAGCCUGCUCCAUGGUUUGUGGAAGAAGAGGUGCAAGCAAGUCUUGUGCUAAGACUGUAUUAGUGAAAGUAUACCCCAGAGAAUGUCCAGAAGAAGCUGUUCUUACAUACGCCAUUGUAGAUGAACAGAGCAACCGCUCUCUAGCAAGGUCAGCAUUCUUUAACCUCUUUGCUAUCUCAGGACCCGAGAUUCCAUACUCGCUAUCAUCUUGCAAUGGGAACACAACAGAGUUUGGUAGACGAUGUUCAGACUUCACCAUAGAAUCUUUUGACUCAGGCUGUAAGAUGGAUCUGCCCAUGCUCAUAGAGUGUGACCAAAUACCGAACAUUCGGGAUGAGAUACCAUCUCCAUUAGUGGCAGAACAAUUUAGUCAUUUGAAAGACAUUGCUAAGUUCAUCCCUCCUAUCCAGGAAAAUGCUGAGAUAUUACUACUCAUCGGAAGGGAUCUAUUACCGGCUCAUCAUGUCUUAGAACAAUGUUUAGGACCUACACAUGCGCCAUUCGCACAAAGGUUACGGUUGGGCUGGGUCAUCAUUGGAAAUGUGUGUCUAGGCACAGCUCAUCAGCAAGACUCUAUCUCAGUAAUGAAGACCUUCACCUUGAAGGAUGGUAGAACUACUCUUCUUGAGCCAUGCUAUAACAACAUUCACGUUGAGGAUAGUUGUGUUUUCUCGAGGACAAAAGAGGAUAAUAUUCCUGGACUUUCAAUAGAAGAUAAAGACUUCUUGAAUCUCAUGGAAACAGAAAUGUACAAAGGUCCUGAUGGAUCUUGGACAGCGCCCCUUCCUUUCCGAAGGAAUCGUCAGCAUCUACCAAAUAACAAACCUCAGGCCCUUAGAAGAGCCCAUUCACUGGACAUGAAUCUAAGGAAAAAUCCAGAAAAGAUGGAUCAUGUUAUUGGCUUCAUGAAGAAAAUAUUAGAAAACGGACAUGCGGAACCGGCUCAAGAACUAGACUCAAAUACUGAAUGCUGGUACCUGCCCUUAUUCUCUGUGUAUCACCCCAAGAAGCCGGGAAGUGUGAUUUGUGUCUUUGACUCUUCAGCUAAAUACGAAGGGAUCAGUCUUAAUGAUGUGUUACUAACAGGACCAGAUCUCGUGAACUCACUCUUAGGCAUACUACUAAGAUUCCGGCAACAUCCCGUUGCAAUAACUGCGGACAUAGAACAAAUGUUCUAUCGCUUUUCUGUUCCAGAAAAACACAGGGAUUAUUUAAGAUUCAUGUGGUAUAAAGACAAUGACCCAACCCAAGACAUGAUUGAAUACAGAAUGACCAGACAUGUGUUCGGAAACAGCCCGUCGCCUGCUGUUGCAACUUGUGGACUGCGAAAAUGUGUAAGUGACGCAGAGGAAGAUGUGAAGAGCUUUGUGUACCGAAAUUUUUAUGUGGACGACGGCUUAAUGUCCUUUGACGGCAGUGAUGAAGCUGUCAACCUAUUGUCCCGCACUCAGACAACUCUUAAGAAAGAGGGAAAUAUUCGUUUACACAAAAUUACGUCGAACAGUCUGGAUGUGAUCAAAGCCUUCCCUCAAGAGGACCUAGCCAAAGAAGUCACAGGCAUUGAACUAGACUUAAGUGAAGCACCACUACAGAGAAGUUUGGGGGUCAGCUGGGAUAUUUCCAAAGACUCAUUUACAUUUCAAGUGACUUUUACCCGCAGGCCAUUCACCAAAACAGGUGUUCUGGCAACUAUUAAUGGUCUAUAUGAUCCGAUUGGAAUUGUGGCGCCAGUUACCAUUCGUGGCAAACUAAUCAUGCAGGACGUAAUGUCAUCUGUGACAGAUUGGGACGAACCUAUUCCUCAUGCAUUCCAGGCAAAAUGGCACAACUGGGUGGAAUCCCUUGCUGACUUACAGUCCAUCCUCAUACCUAGAUGUUAUGUCAACUUACCUUCAUCUGAAGUACAGCGUAGGGAACUUCAUGUCUUUUCUGAUGCUUCGCAGAAGGCGAUCAGUGCGGUAGCUUAUUUGAAGAUAUAUGAUGUCAGUGGAGGUCAUCAUGUCAGCUUCGUUCACGGAAAGGCAAGAGUGGCUCCCUCACAGGGCCACACUAUUCCUAGGCUAGAAUUGUGCGCAGCCGUACUAGCCACAAGGCUCAAAGACACCAUAACACAACACUUAACUGUACCCAUUGACUCUAUUACAAUGUAUACAGACAGCCGAGUUGUACUCGGGUAUAUAAACAAUGAACAUAAACGCUUUUAUGUGUAUGUUGGAAACCGUGUUGACCUGAUUCGUCAUUCUACAACAUCAGACCAGUGGACCUAUGUGUCAUCUGAGGACAACCCUGCUGAUAUAGGUACGAGGUCUAUUCCUGCUAAUGAAAUUGAACAAAGUGCAUGGAUUCAAGGACCUUCAGUUUUAAGGAGUGAACAUCCACUAGAACACAGAGAAACUUCAUAUGAGCUGUUAGACCCAGAAGAAGAUAAAGAAGUCAGACCUGUUAUAGUUACAAAGAUGACUUCUGCUACACAAGAGACAGUUUUAGGUGUUCAUCGAUUUGAAAGAUUUUCCACUUGGCGGAGCCUUGUACGAGCUAUAGCUAGGAUUAAACGUCUAGCCAAAUCAUACAGAAAAUCUUUAGAAGCUCGAGAAUCACUUGUGACACCUGUAACAACAGACGAACUUACUCAAGCCGAGUUGUUUGUUAUACAGCAAGUUCAACAGGCAUGCUUUCCUAGUGAGGUUAGUGCUCUUAAGGAGGGGAGAGAACUGCACAGGACAAGUUCUAUCAUCUCACUGUCUCCAAUACUGGACUCGAAUGGCAUCAUGAGAGUUGGUGGAAGAUUACGACAAGGGAGGAAAUCUACCUGUUUAGAAGUUCAUCCAGUGAUAAUACCAAAAAAUAGUUACAUUGCUGGUCUAAUUAUUCAUCAUUUUCAUGAGAGAGUCCACCAUCAGGGACGUCAUAUCACUGAGGGGAAGAUUCGUACAGCUGGGUACUGGAUUAUCGGUUGUAAGCGGAAGGUCACAUCGCUUAUCCAUUCUUGUGUUAUAUGUAGAAAGCUGAGGGGAAGAUUCGGGACACAAAUUAUGGCUGAUCUUCCUGAGGACAGAAUCACACCAUCUCCACCCUUUACCUUUGUUGGGGUAGACACUUUCGGCCCGUGGAAUGUGGUAGCAAGACGUACGAGAGGAGGACAGGCUAACCAAAAAAGAUGGGCAAUACUAUUCACCUGUCUUGUUUGUCGUGCCAUUCACAUUGAAGUGAUAGAGGAGCUAAGCAGUAGUUCCUUUAUUAAUGCACUCAAGCGCUUCAUAUCCAUCCGUGGCCCUGUACGUCAAUUCAGAUCGGAUCGUGGAACUAAUUUUGUCGGGGCAGUGAACGAGAUUGGUAUGGACUCCGUAUUUGUGGAAGAUGCCCCUAUCCAAAACUUUCUGACUAGGAACCAGGCUGUAUGGAUUUUCAACCCUCCCCAUGCCUCCCAUUUUGGAGGGGUAUGGGAGAGGAUGAUUGGAGUUACAAGGAGAAUUUUGGACAGCAUGUUGUUACGCACAGAAUCUAAAGGAAUCACCAAUGAAGUUCUUACUACAUUUAUGGCCGAGGUCUGCUCAGUUGUUAACUCAGGACCUUCAGUUGCGGUUUCGACUGAUCCUGAGGACUCAUCUGUAUUGACCCCUAACAUUUUGCUUACACAGAAAAUGGAUAGCAGUACCCUGCCAAAAGACUUACCAGAGUUGGAUCUUCGAGAAGCAUAUCGGUCUCAGUGGAAACAUGUGGUUGUUUUAUCACAAGAAUUCUGGAAGAAAUGGCGAGAGCAGUACCUGUCGAACUUACAGAGUAAACGCAAAUGGACACAAACAGAACGUAACUUUAAAGAAGGGGAUAUCGUGUUGUUAAAGGACCAUGAGGUGGCGCGGAAUGAGUGGCCUGUAGCUGUGGUGGAGAAAGUGUUUCCGAGUGAUGAUAACCGUGUGCGUACUGUAGAGAUUCGUGUCGCUAAGGACAGAAGAUACUUCGUCCGUCCAAUAUGUGAACUUGUUCCAUUGAUACAAGAUUGA